ACAAAAACAUCUAAUAAAUUGUUAUCUGUAAAUACAGAAAUAAUGUUUUUCUGUGAUUAAAUGUGGAUUUGUACGACAUAUCCCAGGAAAUAAAUUUUAGAUUGCCAUUUCUUGUGGUGACCAAUGUUAUCAACUUUUUAUCAAACCUAAAAGCUUGUGUGCGAUCGUGGAUUGUUUUUAUUAUUGUUUGACCGCCGAAUCAUGAAGUUCACAUCGUUGGUUUUAGUAUUAAGUAUUUUCAUACUAAUUAGUGUUAACGCUCAACUUGAAGCAAAGUACCACACAAAUGAAGAAUUACACGAGUAUAUGAUUAACUUUACUAUUCGAUUUCCAUAUAUAUCUACAGUAUAUUCAAUUGGACAAUCAGUACGAGGUGUUGAAUUGUUAGUUCUUAAACUCACUACAACAGAAGAUUUAUUAGCACCGAAUGUGAAACUUGUCGGGAAUAUUCACGGAAAUGAAGCAAUAUCGCGGGAAGUUUUAUUACAAUUCAUUGAGUUAAUUGGAACUAGUUAUAAUGUGAAUUCUACUUUUGCAACAUUACUAAACACGACUAUCCUCCAUAUUCUUCCGAGUUUAAAUCCGGAUGGAUUUAGUCGUAAGCAGAUUGGUUUGUGUCAGGGUUCCGUUGGCAGAGACAACGCAAAUGAAGUUGACUUAAAUAGAAAUUACCCAGAUUAUUUCACCAAAGUCAAAGUCAUCGAACAGCCGGAAACUUUCGCGAUUAAACAAUGGUUAAACACAACGAGAUUUGCAUUGUCUGCGGCUUUCCACAGUGGAACUUUAGUUGCAAACUAUCCAUUCGACUCUCCUAAGCAUGUAGACUCUGGAAUGGAUACUGAAGAGUCAAUAGCACCGGAUGAUGAUAUUCUUAAACAUUUGGCUCUUGUUUAUGCAAAAUCACACACUCGCAUGCAAAAUCCUAACGAGUGCAGUGAUGACUUUGGCUUCGUCAAUGGAAUUACCAAUGGAGCCAAAUGGUAUGAAAUCCAAGGCGGCAUGGGAGAUUACAACUACGCAUUUGGUGGUGUCAUGGAGCUGACGCUCGAAAUAUCCUGCUGCAAAUUUCCGAUGACAAGAGAGAUUGGGAAGAUUUUCGACGAAAAUAAAGCAGCGUUGAUAGCGUAUGUUUCGGAAGCUCAACGAGGGGUUCGGGGCACAAUCGUCGAUUAUAAUAUUGACAUGAAGUUGCAAAUCAAAGGACGAGAUAUACCAUUUUAUCCGGAUUCAAUGGGACGAUUUUGGAGAAUACUUUUACCUGGAAGAUACACUUUAUUGAUUAUACAAAACAAUACAAUACAAAAGAGCGUGCCAUUUAGUGUUAAUAAUUCGUCAGCAACUAUUUUACAUUUGGAAAUGUCAAAAAAAGUCACCGAGAAAAAUGAGAGCACCCAAGGAACCAAAAAUAUUAUUGAAGAUUCUAAUGUCACUUCUACAACAUUACCUACGACAAAAGCAGUCUCUGAAUUCAUUUCUCCAACUACAUCUACACCAAAAAAAUCUUCCAACGCAAUUCGACUUGUGUGCACAAAUUAUUUGCUUUUAAUGUUUUCUUUCUUAAUAAUUAAUGUGUGAAUCAUAUAUAAGUUUUUAGUCUAUUUUAGCAUUGCAUGAACCUGCUUCCACUUGUCGAUUUGGUAAACAACAUAUUGUCGCCGUACUAAUAUAAUUUAUGACAAACCA